CUCUUGCUCGACUGCCAUCUCGUUUCGCACUCGUUCACCGUGUUCAAGGAAUUCGUUGGCGUGGGUUCUGCGUCGGUCGGAAUCAGCGUCGGUGUUCUGUAAAAUGGCUGACGGUGACAUUGAUUUGUACGCCGACGAUCUAGAGCAAGAUUUCGCACAGGACGAAUUCGCUGGAGAUGGAGUCGACCUCUACGAUGAUGUGAUCGCAGCACCUCCAGGUGGUAACGGAGGAGGUGCAGGCUCUGGUGGCGGAGGAGGAGAUGGCGAUUCAACGUCUCCGAAUGAGGAGACUAAUGGCAGUGCUCCAUAUCAUCAAUUGGGCAAUAAUAUUCAGCCCAACCAAAUUGGAAGACGCCACCAACUUUAUGUUGGAAACUUGACCUGGUGGACAAGUGAUCAAGAUAUAACUGAUGCAGUUCAAAGUAUUGGUGUGCCUGAUUUUGUGGAAGUGAAAUUUUUUGAAAAUCGUGCGAAUGGGCAGUCUAAGGGUUUUUGUGUCGUAUCCCUUGGUUCUGAACAAAGCAUGAGAAUAUGCAUGGAGAGGCUUCCUAAGAAAGAACUACAUGGACAGAGUCCCGUUGUGACAUUUCCAACGAAACAGGCACUCAAUCAGUUUGAGUCUCAAUGUAAGACUCGACCAGCUCCGACACCUCAACAAAACCAAAACCAACGUCCACAUAACCCACAUCAACACCAAACGCCAUUACCUCCCCAUCAACAGCAUCCUCAACAUUCUCCGCAUCCCCAGCAUCCUCAACACCCGCAACAAAAUCAUGGUCCUAGAAUGAUGAUGGGUCCACCGCAAGGUGUGCGAAAUCAACGCAUGCCUUUACCUGGUAUGGGGCCACCUGGACCUGGAGGACCUGGACAACAGGGACCUCCUAGGAUGCACGGGCCACCAAUGGGCCCUGGGGGUCCUCAUCAUCCUUUGCCUGGUCAUCCUAAUCAAGGUCCUCCACCUCCUGGCUAUCAACAAGGUCCUUGGAAUGGGCCUAGACCUAACGGUCCACCCGGACCACCACGAGGACCUGGUGGACCUCCGCAACAAGGACCGCCUGGACCAGGACCUGGACCUCAACAUCGGCCACCUGGAAUGUUUCAUGGUGGACCACCUGGUCCUCCAGGGCAAGGACCACCACGUGGACCUCCUGGGCACCCUGGUGGACCUCCAGGUGAUCCCAGAGGAGCACCACCUCGCCCAGAUUGGAACAGACCUCCUGGAAUGCAUCACGGACCUCAAGGACCACCAGGUUUUCCUCAACAUCAACAUAUGCAAGGCCCACAACCUGGUCAAGGGCCUCCACAAAGAGGGCCACCUCCGGGUUCCAUGGGUGGUCCAGGUGGACCACCUCCAGGACACGGUGGACCACCGCAAGGUCCACCACAAGGUCCUCCAGGAGGCCCAGCCCCUCAUGUGAAUCCAGCAUUCUUCCCUCAAGGGCCCCCACAUCAACAUCCUGGACAACAUCCUGGAGGACCCCCAGGACCUCCAGGCCCUCCCCAUGGUCCCCCUCAUGGACCGCCGCAUGGUCCUCCCCAUGGACCACCUCAUGGACCACCCCAUAAUCAACCACACGGACCACCCCAUGUACCCCCACAUCCUUAUGGACCACCUACAGCGCAGCCUCCAUAUGGAGCGCCAGGUCCUGAUCAUCGGCCUGAGGGGCCACCACCUCUCACUGAACAAGAAUUCGAAGAAAUCAUGGGCAGGAAUCGUACGGUGUCUUCAUCAGCCAUAGCUCGCGCUGUAUCUGACGCUGCUGCUGGCGAAUAUGCCAGUGCUAUUGAGACCUUAGUCACUGCCAUAUCUCUUAUAAAGCAGUCAAAAGUAGCUGCUGAUGAUCGCUGCAAAAUUCUUAUCAGCUCUUUGCAGGAUACUCUACGUGGAGUAGAAACCAAAAGCUACGGAUCAGCACGCAGAGAACGUUCACGAUCACGUGAUCGAGAGAGGAGUCAUCGCAGACGAAGGGAACGUUCGAGGACCCGGGAGAGGGAGUAUAGGGAACGCAGUAGAGAAAGAGAAAGGGAUCGUGAUAGGGAACGUGACCGUGAGCGAGAACGAGAUCGUGAUCGUGAUAGGGAGCGCUACUAUAGUGAACCUUAUCCCAGAGAAAGAUCACGCAGCAGAGAAAGAGAUCGUGAACGUGAACGUGAGCGUGAAUACAGAGAACGCAGCAGGGAGGAAAGUACAACACGUCAGGCAGCCAGACCGCGAGUCAAAGAAGAACCUCCGGAAGCAGCCCCUGUACCAUCAUCCAAGUCGUCUAGGUAUUAUGACGAUCGCUACAGAGAACGUGAACGUGAAAGGGAGCGAGAAAGAGAAUCAAGCAGAAGACCAGCGGAACGUGAACGAGAGCCAGAACGUGAACGAGAAAGAGAGCGAGAGCGGGAUCGACGUGACGAAAGAGGCGACUCUUCGCAUCGCUCUAGACAUUGAUUUGCCCAGAGGUAUAUCGACGCACCGGAAUAAAAAUAUCUACUACACUACCUAGAUCCUCGUCGUCUCGUUUGUCUUCUCCUGCUGCUUCAAAUUGAUGCUUAUCACUGUCAUGGACAUACUUUCCUGUGCUCUUCAUAGGACAUUAUGACAAAGUGUUAGCCUAGAGAACAAUUAACAUAAACAUGGCUAUCAAAUAAUAGUUUUGUGACAGAUUGAUAAAAUUUCUUGAUCCAUAUAGAUAAUAAUAGGUAAUGGGGCAAAAAAAUGUUCAUAGCAUACAAUCUCAUGCUCAUUGGUUUUAUAAUGUAAACACAUUCUAUAGAAUUAACUAACAUUUCCACAUUUCAAUGUUUCAUACAUAUAAAUAUUGUAUAACGAUAGUAUAGAUAUAUACAUACACAUACCUAUGUAAAAGCAUUGUAGAUGAGAAGAAUUUGCUCCAGAUUAAGUUAAGCUGACGAUUAAAGUAGGCACAAAUGUUAGUUUCUAAAGUAAUAUUCAUAUAAAGUAACACUCUGUUUGAAUUUUUGAUGUAUAAUUAAAUAGUGCAUAACACUUAUGACGAAGAAACGAAUAAUGGAUUAGAUACGUGAAGAUUAUUGAAAAAAAUUGGAUUUCACAUCAUAUUCAAGAGGAGUGAAGUCACCAAUGCAAAAAUCUACAAUCACCGACCUGCACGACGAUGCAAGAUUGUAUCUUAAUAUAAUACAAAUAUUCGCUUUCAAAAUAUACAUGUAAAACAUGA